AUGAACUUGACAGAGUUUAAUCAGUCUGAUCGCUGUGAGCAUUUCUCUUGUCCAGAGAGAUCUGUAUCUUCUGCAGUUUAUAUCUUACUGUAUGUGUGUUCAGCUGCUGUGGUUGUGCUAACAGUGUGUGGAAAUCUGCUCGUCAUCAUCUCUGUUUUUUACUUCAAGCAGCUUCACACACCGACUAACCUGCUUGUGCUCUCUCUGGCUGUGUCAGACUUACUUGCUGGAAUUUUUGUAAUGCCACCAAUGUUAAUCUGGACUAUUGAGUCAUGCUGGAUUUUUGGGAUUUUUUUUUGCACCAUCUACUGGCUGAUUAGUUUUACCUUUACAAUAUCAACCUUUACUGUUGCACAGAUUGCUGUAGAUCGUUAUUUGUUUCUGUCAAAGCCCUUUUUAUAUAUGAACAUUGUCUCUCUAAAAAUCACUCGUGUUGUAAUUAUUUUAAAUUGGUGUGUGGUGGUGGGCUACAGCAUAGCAGUCCCUUAUUUCAAUGGAAACUUCUCUGGUUCUGUAAUGUGUCCUGGAGAGUGUUUUCUCUAUCUAAAUGAAGUUUGGUCUGUAAUUGAUCUUGUGUAUUCAUUUAUAUUUCCACUUUCUGUUAUAAUCAUAUUCUAUACUCUGGUUUUUGUGAUUGCUAAGAAACAUGCCACUGCUAUCAGAGAGCUUAAUAAUCACACACGACCUAAAACACAGAAAAUCACCUCACACUCAAUGAAAUCUGAGAGAAAAGCAGCUAAAGUCCUCGGCAUUUUAGUGUUUGUGUUCAUAAUGUGUUUACUUCCAUACUUUAUUUACAGUUUAUUGGGCAACGUUAUUGAACUACAGAGAGAAACCUUUCAGAAACUCCUAAUCUUGGUUUCUUUAAACUCCACCAUUAAUCCAGUUAUUUAUGCUCUGUUUUACCCGUGGUUUAGGAGGUGCAUUAAAAUAAUUAUAAGUUUUCAAAUACUUCAGACAGACUCCGCUUUAAUUAAUGUUCUUUUAUAG